AUCGUCCUAGUAUGUGAAGCUGAAGUUGCAUGCUGUUGCAGGAAGACGAGGACAGAGAAGUAAGCUUGAAUACCGAUCAGUACACCCUCUCCUCGUGCUCGUCCCUGCCGAAAUAAUCUGAAGAUGGCCGCUCCCGCUUCAGAUCACGAGGCGAUGAAUCUGCUUGAGUGGAGCGGCUCCGGUUCGUCGGAACAAGGUGGCGCCGCCAACAGACCUGGUGCCACACCGGAUGACGCUGGAAACACCACGAACCAUCCGUCCAGCCUCGGCGCUACCAUCUUUCCGGCGACUACAGCAGCCGCAGAAGAACUGACGGCCCAAAUCGUGCCCCCUUCUGCAGUGCUGCCUGUGCCAAUACCAGAAACAGGACCAGCAGCGGAAAACCACACAACUGACCAGCUACAACAAACGUUGAUGCACACCACCGCUACUGUUGCGCCCACGUUGGACGCCUCGCAAGGCUCCGACAAAGAACUUCUCGGGGGCGUCUAUGGGAUCAUUCAGGGCGGUUUGAACGUGUACGAAGAAAAUCAAAAGCCAACAGCAGAGUCAAGGCCAGAGGGUGGACGACAACCGGAGCUGGAGCCUCGACAACUCUCUGCGCAGGAGGAGAAAAUUGCAGGUCUUGAUGUUCAUCGUGCCCCGAGCGGGGAAGAAGAAUCAGCCCCGGAGGCCUCCCUACCGCCGAGAAGAGAUGAUAACGAUGACGAUACCGAACAAGAGGUCGAACAAAACUCCGUAAACGUAAACCGCUACAACCCCAGUGCUACAACACCCGCCGCAACAAGUCCAGCCCCGCAACCGCCAGCGGCUUCGCCGUCAAUCGGCAUCGCGCGAAGUACUAAAGCUGCUGCUUCCACUGUUUCUGAAGCAGCAGGAGCCGCAGGCACUAACAGUUCUUCCUUUUCCUCGUAUCCUGUUCCGCGCAUGACCGGGCGGAACACCACACUGCCUGGCGAGGGAUAUAAUAACACGUUUUUCGAUCGCGACGCAACACUUCGCGCAGCCGAAGAAGAGGCUAGCAGACGCAUGUCCGCACCUGCCGUGGCGCAGCACCAGCCGAGGCCGGAGGGACCGUCGGCGGUCCACCAUAUGACUACAGGAGUCCUCGGGGACCAGAACGAUGUUGAGCCAGUGGCAAGUUCUUUCCCGUCGUCCUCCCGCGCUGGCCGCCCACAGUUCUACGAGCACACCCAGCCGGAUAAUCCACCCGUCCCAGAAGACGUGACGACAACCUCAAGCGCAAGUGCCAGUGCCACGGAACGAGUAGAUGCGGCACAGCAUGUUGAUGGAGCAUCGUCGUGGGUGCGGCCGAAGCAAGCUCCAGGUAUUAAUUCAGCUACGACAACUGCUGGUGGGACGAACAUGCAGACAGCGACGGGACACGGACAGACCGCUGGGCGGGUUUUACAGGGUAUCCUGCGAAGAGAGGAAGACGAAGUUCCGGAGGACCACGCGCAACAAUCCGCGUACAGCAGCGAUGAGUACGACGACGACGCCUUCAUGACGCAAAAAAUUACGCAGGCCCAAGUGGCGCAGCGGGUACUGGACGCCGGUAUUGUUACGCAGAAGACGACACAGGCGGAAGCGCAAAAGCGUGUCGACCGAGGACGACAGAACAAUCGAAACCUGCAAGCAGGAACAGCGGAGAGAAAAAUCCUAACGAAGGAACAGGAGAUGAGAGGGGCUACAAACAAACGGUCGACUGCCGGGGAGUCGCGAUUUGAAGUUGGAAACGCCGUUUCAGGGGCGUCCCUCUCCUCGCCGAACCCUUCCACGACGGAGGCUACCUCUCCGAAAGUCACCUUCGAGUAUAAUGAGCUGGAUCGCAUAGAGUCGGCGGAAAGUUACCUGCAACGAGCACUGGCUUUUCCUAGGCGCAACAACAACCGCGCAUCGCAGGUGUGGAAGAGUUCACUGGUGCUUUCAGCAGAGGACGAGAAUUUUGUGAAGUGGAACCGCAGGACGGCGGCGGGACUGUAUUCUUUUUCUUUUUGAUAAACAUCAACGAUGAGGAUCAGGAUGAUAAUAUUUUUGGUGUGAUGAUGUUGAUGUGUGCUACAUCAGUGUGUUGUAUUGUUUGCUGUAGUACGUACUUACGUGUUUCAUCAUGAUGCAGGCAUCUGAAUUUCAAAUUCUCUGUUUUUUUAUGAAAUAAUUCAUUGACUCCACAACUUCAUCUCUAUCUUGUUAAUGGUUAUGGUCACUCGGUUGCACUUCUAUCUUCAGGUACUACGCCUUCUUUGCCGUCUCCUUUGCUAUUGUGGUUCUCACGACGCUGGAUGCCCUAUGGAUGAAUGACCAAGUCUUUCCGAAGCGGCUCGGUGUUUUCGAAGCCCUAAAACCGCCGGAAUUUCUGCUCACGGUCCAAAUCCUCGGACUUGACCGCGACUUCAAGAAUUACCGCCUGGCCUACGAAAACGCCCGGGACGAAAGAGCGUAUUUACAGCCACUGCCCGAGGACCAGAAAGUCGCGGUGCCCGGAGCUGCGAUUACCGCUACGGCCUCGUCUGGUGCACCGCAGCAGCAGGGAGGACCAGUCCGACCCGGAGGUGCGGGUGGGCCAGGAACCACAUCUCCAGCCGGUGUUCAGCAUCAGUCAGAAACAAGCACUCUGCCAAAAACCACCGACCCAGUUCCUCUAGACACGCCUAGCGGCCCCGUGGUACCGCCGGACAAAAAUCAAGAGUUUCUUGCCAGACAAGCAAUGGAAGCAGCGGAGGAUCAGGUGGACCGUUCGGGAAGAGGUUCUUCGGAAGCGAUAGAUUCGGAGAAAAUUAUCGUCCCACCGGAGGAGGAAAAACUACAGCCAGCAGGUGUGAUGGCGGGAAGUGGUCCGACGUCGGCGACACCUCCUUCAGAGGAAAAUGCAAACGUCCUUCCCGGGGAGGAGAUAAUAAAGCCCCCUACAGCUGCUCCCGACGCCAAGGCGCAAACCAAAACCGAGGGUGGUGUUCUUGGAGCAGCGGCAGCGCAGCCUGGAGCACCGCUAGCUUCUGGCGCACCUCCCACCGCAGCCAGCAGUUCACCGCUGCAAUUACAACAAGGCGCAGGAGCAGCAAGUUCACAAAUCUCGACACCUCAGUUGCCUUCCGUGUCAGCCUCCGCACUUCCAGCUCCGCCAGGUGCAGGGACACCGACACAGGCGAACCAAGUUGGACAGCCGUCAUUCCGUCCUGUCGGAGCGGUGGAGCAACUUGCAGCAACGCCGGUGGUGGUGCAACCAGCAGCGCAACAGCAGCAACUUUUUUCACCUGCGACAGGAGCAGCUACUUUUCCUCCGCAGCAACCGCCAUCAUCUUCACAACUCGUACAACAACCCUCUCCAUCUACUCCAUUUGUAACAACGGCCGCUGCUCCUGGUGGCACAACGGUGAUCGUACAGGCACCAGGCGCCAGCGCACCUAGUACUGCUCCGGCACAGCCGCAGCAGCAGCCUCUUCCUCAACAACCACAAGCCAUUGCUCCUACUGCUCCACCCGCACAAGUAGCGUUGGGAGCGCCAACUGCUGGCAUAGCGGCCUCAACGCCAACAACCGCUGCACCUACUCCACCAGGUACGACGGGAGCUGCGCCCCCACCCCCUGCAGGUACAGCGGUAGCAGGAUCAAUGCCGCCGAGAACAAUUACAUCCGCCAUGCAAUUCACGUCCGAUGGCUUAGGUACUGUUCCGACCCCUUCUUUGCUUCCGCCGUCUUUCUUGCAGGAAGAGGCCGCUGGUACAACAACCUCUGCUCGCAAGUUGGACGGAGGAGCUGGAGCAAGUGGUUUCCCUAAUGCUGCAGGUGCAGCGGUAAUACCUACAGUACCGGGUGUAGCAAGUACUGCUGCAGUAACAUCAGUUGCCAGCAAUUACGAGAAGAACGAAGAAGGUCUUCACGAGGAGCCAGUAGUUGUUGACACCCGUCCCCCGGUGCGCGGUUGGGGCCUCCUCCGACGAGAGGGAGGCUGGGCCCCACGACGAAAAGACCGGCAAAUAGCGCAGCAGGUCCUCGUUGGCAACGAAGCACUGGCGGACGCAACGGAGGAAGACGGUGAUUCCGCGUUCACGCACGAAAAAACAGCUUUUUCCCCGCUGCGCCACAUGCUUGUCAAACUCGACGAAAUUGUGGUUCGCCCGGCAAAGAGAGUACUGUACUCCGUGAAAGAGUACCUGCUGCAUUCCCCGAAGUACGCGCGACGCGAGCGAGGAGGGUCAUCUGGUGGCGCGCAGUCGCCAGAAGCAACAAACGCACCAGUUGUAGCAGUAGCACCGAGCAGCAGCAGCAGUGAUCGACGAGAGGGCGGGGCUGUUGUGGGUUCUUCGCAGCAAGAGCAGCCAGAAGAUCAAGCUACUGAACAAUUCCACGACCAGCAGGAGGGGACCAGUACUAGCCCUUUCAAAGCCGCCCUGAUCAAUGGUUACGACUUCCUCGCUGCAGCUCUCCUGCAGCUUUCGCAGCAGGAAAAGAGGUCCGAGCAACUGGCCUACUGGACGCAGCGCUUCGACAAGAUCAGCUCCAUUGAGCAGCGGUGUCUGAUGAAACAGGGGACGGGAGAGGAAGCGGGAAAGGUCUUCGUUUCCGAAAACCACGGCUGUCUCGGCGGCCAGGCGGCUGGGGAAAACCUGCCCGCGGGGUCGGGGUCCGGCACCGCGGGUGGACAAACCGCGUCGUCCGUCGAACGGAACUGGAGCGCCUACGAGCCGGACUUGCUGCACAUGUCGGUCCGGAGGAUGGACGACCAGACAUGGGGCCUGUACUUCGCAAGAGAUUUAGUUGCCACCUGUGUCGCCGCCGAGGCCUAUCCCAGUGCCUGCGCGACCAAGUGGCAAACGGUCGCUGGGGUUGCGGGGGACGUGAAACCGCCGAUACUAGUGCCAUCAUCUCCAAGUAGUAGUGCUACGACAACGCACCAGCCGUACCAAAUGAAUCCUCAAGAAACAACAUCAAGUAAGGUCCCUUUCAUCGGGAGAAAGCUGACCGUCUAUAGCGCAGCCCCGGCGGUGCAGUUCGUGCGGUUUCUCGGAUUGUUUUGCCUGACCAUUUUCGGGAUCGUGCUCUUUCUCUUCCUGCUCUUUUUCGCCACCGGGUGCAAGUGCUGCUUCCCGCUGCAAUUGUACCGAACUCCAAUGAAGGUGUGGCUUAUGAGUUGCAAAAGAAAAAGUAUCGCACUCGUAUAAAUGCAUUACAAAUUCCCGCAGCAUGAGGGAUAAAAUUUGCAAUGCUGAUUUCCCUUAAGAGAAAGAUUUGUGAUUCAUGAUUGCAAUACGAGUGCGAUACUUUUGCACAGGAUAUGGCUGCACGAAGGACAAUUUGUCUUGUCCAAUUGGAUGCUGGUAGAAAGCCCUAGAUUGAUUGAGAAUAGAUCUUCUUGGUCAUUUCUACGCGCAGUCGUAUGGUCGUCUCGUUCUUACAAACUUUUCCACACACAUCAUGCGUGAUAGUACACUUCCUGUUGAUAGAUACAACAUGCGCCAAACGGUACAAUGAAUUGCAAAUUCUUUUCCACACGACUCCAGAUCUUCAACAUCAUCGCCAUCGCUCCGACCUACGUUUCGCAUAGCGCUACGAUCCAGGGCGAACUCAACGACGAGAUGUCGCCACGGACUUCCUCGGGCCGGAUGCUGGGGGCCGUCUUUGUCAUGUCGCUUCUGAUCGGCGUGUCGAUCGUGUUGCACGCUUUGUCGCACAAGUACCACUGGCACGCGGAAAACCGCAUGAAAAAUCUUGCGGAAGCGGCGGGGGCGCAGCUUCUGUGAGUAGAGUAACAGGAGGUAGAACUACACGGAGCGGGAAAGUUUUCUUUCCUCUUGUUUCACUUUCUUAUUCUUUCUGUUUUUUCUUUUUCCCCCUUAUCCCCUGAAAUGUAUGUAUCUAAUAUUCUGGAAAAUGAAAAUAGCACUGUAUUUGUAUCAACAGAAGAAAGCGGGAGCGGCUCCCUACGCACUCUCCGUGACGAUCAUAAUGCACUUACCGACUAUCUUCAAAAUGUACCAAAAGUAGCUGAUGUAAAAUGUAAACCCUUGUUUCUUCAUGCUUUUAUAGAAGUGCAAUUCUGCGACUGCGUGUGCGUCAAUAGUGUUAGUGCCACCUACCGUUUCUCUUCUACUUUUCGUUCUACUUCUCGAAAAACAGAACCAAUGUUAUCACCUUUGAUUAUCUUCCGAAUGUCGAGUAAAUGUUGUUGACGACGAUGACGAAGCAGUGUUUAUGCUUCCUUUCCAAGAACCUGCUCCAGAAGCAGAAGCAGCAGCAAGGCCGUGGAAAAAAUGGAGCGCAACGAAAAAGCGUGACUGAAAUUGAAGUCGAUGACACAGGCGUAGUGGAACCGAAAGGGGUGCAAGACAGAAGAGCGACUGCUACGCUUUGCUAAGCAGGCUGCAUCUUUCACCGCACUAGGUUCCCUGAUUUGCCGGUUUAUGAAGCAGCUCACGCAGCCCUUCAUCCACUUCCACAUCGUCACAUCGGCUCUGUCG